AUGAAUAAAGGGGAUAAUAAGUUUGGUUCUCAGAAUAUUGGUGAUACGGGUAAUGCUAAGUCUGGAUCUCGUAAACAUAAAGCAGGAAACGGUGUAUGUACAGCAAGGCGGCCCAGGGCAAAAACAUUUACAGGAUGUUGGACAUGUCGAAUAAGGAAAGUUAAGUGUGAUCUAGGUAAGCCGAACUGCCAGAGGUGUGAGAAAUCCGGGUUAAGUUGUGGGGGGUAUGAUAUCAAAUUGCGGUGGUCGAAUCCGAUAAGAUUUGAUAGUUACGGGAACCAGGUGACGUCUGGAAAUGACAAAGAUGGGGAUGGUGAUCGACAGCAGCAGCCGUUUCAACGACGUAACAUUAUGUUUGUUCGAUACGAUGAGGAGUAUGAGUAUUAUGAGGAUAUGGAUGAUGAGUUGUCGGCGUUACAUUCACCUCCGUUGGAGAUGAUUGCAGAUAAUAAGACAUGGAUCGUUAAGAACUUUGGUGUGUUCAUGGGUACGAAUAGGGCCAAGAAGAGACAUGUGCCUAGGAAAAAGAGGAAGGUGAACCCUGUAUUUGCGGAUGCGAUGGCGAAGGAGCAACGAAGGAAGAUGGAAGAACGGCAAAAGGCAGAAAAGAAUAAGAAAAAGCAGAAGAUUUCGAAGCUGGUGCGGGACGAUGCGUCUAUGUCGUUGGGUUGCGUAUCCCCGGUGCUGAGUAUAGAUUCUACGAAGAUGGAAUUGUCAUCGGAUACCACAGCGUCUGCUAUUUCUCCUGCGCAUGCUGCUUCUGCCUUUGAGUUUGGUUUCCCAUCGAUGGGGAUGGCGGGCCACGAGUGGAUCUCGGGUGAGUUGAAAGACGACGCUUUUCUAUCAGCUUCCGUUUUGCAGGGUGCCCUAUCAUUGCCCUCUAACUUACAACAACAGUAUGGUUUCGCUGCUAAUAGACAGCCAGUCACUGUGACUACGGGUCUACCUACCCCGGAUUCAAAGCUGAAAAACAAGCGGCAUGCUUCCGAUUUUACUGAUGAGUCGUCUCUUCCAGCUAAUGCUGGCUCACCAUGUUUCCCAGAAGAUGAACUUGCUAAUCUUUACCGGCUUGUGUUCCAUAGGAGCGAGCGGAAAAACAAUGAAGUCAUGAUUGAGAAUCUGUUCAACCAAGGGUAUACCAAAGCGGAUACAGGCCGCUCUGGUAGUGGUAUAAAUUUGAAUGCACCUGGCUCACAAAUGCCUGCUGCUGCUAUUCAGGUGCUGCCUUGUGAAGAGCCUGAUCUUGCUGGCUCCAAUUCUCUAAGUAGCUCAAACAAUUUGCCCCGCUUCCCGCAAACAAGUCUGAAAGUGAAUGGUCUGACGAGGUUUUUAAUGAAUCACUAUUUGCAAAAUGUCGCUGAUCUGAUGACCGUUGUUGCUCUACCUUCGAAUCCUUGGAAAACCAUAUACUUCCCACGGGCCGUACGCGGACUGGGAGACCUAGCUGCCAUGGGAGAUACAUCCAAUUCGCGAAACUCAUUGUUAAAUUCCCUGCUAGCAGUGUCUUGUUUCAAUCUACAAAGCAAAUUUCCCAAAAACUCAGAAGAAAUGAAAUAUUUCGUGAAUUUGGGAAUCGGGUUCAGAAAUCAGGCAUCAAACUUCUUGAACUUAUGUCUCAAUUCGGGCUCAAAACAAGAGCGUUACAAAGACGUUUUGACAGCUAUAUUAUCAAUGAAUUCAAUCGACGUCUUCUGGGGCACUAUGGCAGACUGUCAGUACUACCUUGCGAUAUGCGAGGAGUUUAUCAACAAGCGGAUGAAAGCGCGGCCAAAUAUAUCCUCUAAAGCUCGUUGUCUUCACCGUAUCUACUCAUUCUUAAGGUUAAUUCAAGAUAGCACUGCUCUUGACAAGGUACGAGAAAAAGAAAUUGUUUUUGAGAAAAGUGACGAUAAUAAAGUCAACUUUAAUGAAAAGUCCAGUUCACCAGCAACUACGGGGGCGUCAUCUAAGGAUGAUGCAUACAAGAAGCAACUAGAUGGAAAGGAUGAUAAAAUUAAUAUUGACUUCAGUGAACUUGAAGAACGUUUGAACCAGUCUUCCUCUCCCCUUCUGUUGAAUAAUAUUGCGAGUAAACCAUAUUUUUCAGAUUCGCAAACCAAGCAUGAUGUCCUAGGUACUGACGCAUUAUAUGGUUUGCCUAACUCUUUAAUUCUUCUAUUUUCUGAUUGUGUAAGAUUGGCAAGACACAGAGCAUAUUUCCAGAAAAAUGGUUUAGAAAUCCCGGCCGACUAUAAUAUCUACUGCGUUGAAUUCGAAAAGAGACUCUAUAGUUGGAAAUCAGAAUGGGAAUUUUGGAAGGAUAAGUCUAAAAAGGAAUUUUUGAAUGAUACUAUGAAGGGAAUCUUCCAUCAUACUAUGAGUUUUUAUUUCGGUUUGAUUGUUUACUACUUAACAAUGGUAAGAACAUUAGCUUAUCAACUACUUCAGCCAUAUGUUAUCAAGGUGUUGAAUCAUCUAACUGAAUUAGCUAGUCUUAUCGACGAAAAAGGAGUUAAGAUUGUUCCCUUAGUUUGGCAAGGUUUCAUAGCUGGAUGUUCCUGUACAGAUACUAAUACACAACUGGCGUAUAAGAAAUGGGCGGCUCGGUUAGCAAGCUCAGGUAUGGGUUCGUAUUGGGGUGCCAGGCAAGUUAUGUUUGAAGUUUGGCGGAGACAGUUGAAUCAUGAAAAAGGUGAUAAUUGGUAUUCUGUUUAUAGUGAUUGGAGGAUGAAUUUAAUGUUGUCAUAA